UGAUAGGACACUGGACGAACUGGAGGGAUGCACUGGAAGACUGCACAGUAUGAGUGAAAGGAUUGCUGGAUCUCCCAGUAAAAGAGUGUCCAAGAUAUUCUCAUUCAGAACUAAAGACCAGACCACACCCAUGGGAAAGAGGAGACGCAGGAAAGACGAUGAUGAAGAAGAUGAUGAUGAAAUUGUUCUUCCUUCUGAUCCUCUAACCACUGAUGGCCCCACCCUCCAGCACCUUGGAAACAAGAGACCACGCCCACCAAGAUGUAAUCAAAAUCGUCCGGCAGGUCUAAAGAAGGCAGCAGAGACAGGACCUUCCUCAAUAUGGGACCUUCCAGCCAGUGAUGAUACUGAUAAUAACAGCACUCCAGUAGAGACUAAAAA